GAAGAGGGAGAUAAUCAAACAAGGAGAUACACGCGGAUUAUCAGCCUUCCUGGGAGUGUGGAUUCUGGAUUGAUUUACUGACAUUUGUGUCUAAAAUCUUCUGACUGGAUAACGUAUUUGUUAUCGCUUUCUUUGUGGACGGGAGGAUGUCGGCCAGAACAAUGCCACGGCAAGUAGGGCUGCUGCUGUUUAUCUGGGUUGUUUCUCUAAGCUCGGUCGUUGGGCAGGUCAGCUACUCCAUUCCUGAGGAAAUGGCGAAAGGAUCUUUGGUCGGUAACAUAGCACAGGAUUUAGGUUUAGAUGUGAAGCGGCUGAAAUCAGGGAAGGCUCGUAUAUAUACCGGAGAAAGUACAGAAUACAUCGAGCUGAAUAAAGAAAGAGGAGUCCUUGUUAUCAAAGAGCGGAUAGACAGAGAGGCGCUCUGCGGGCAGACGACGCCCUGUGCUCUUGAUUUUCAGAUCAUUUUGGAGAAUCCCAUGCAGUUUUACAGCGUCACUGUCGAGAUCACCGACAUUAACGACAACUCACCUGGUUUUAAAAACAGUGAAAUGAAAUUUGAAAUUAGUGAGACGGCUCAAAUUGGAUCGAAAUUUGUCCUCGAAAAGGCUGCUGACGAUGAUGUGGGUAUUAAUGGGCUCCAGGGCUAUUCUCUCAGCACAAGUGACACAUUCAUUUUAAACCCUUAUAGAAUUGGCAGCAGUAGAAAUGUUGAGAUGGUUUUAAAGAAGCAUCUUGACCGAGAGAAACAGGAGCGGUUGUCUUUAGUAUUGACUGCUUUAGAUGGUGGCGACCCACAACUCUCUGGAACCAUAUUAAUUGUCAUAACUGUGCUGGAUGCAAACGAUAAUGCACCUGUUUGUGCUCAAGCAGAAUAUAAGACUAAUGUGAAAGAAAAUGCGUUGAAAGGAGCUGUUCUAACCACGGUGGGUGCAUCUGAUGCAGACGAAGGACCACACGGGCACAUAAGAUAUUCAAUUUCUAAUGCUCCAAAAGGGGCGCUAGAAUUAUUCGAUAUAGAUAAAGAAAACGGGGUUUUCACGUUAGUGGGGAAACUUGAUUAUGAGAAAUUUAGACAUUAUGAGAUAGAUGUCCAAGCCUCUGAUGAAGGUGGCAAUUCAGAUGUAUGUAAAGUUAUAAUUGAGGUGCUGGACACAAAUGACAACCCACCGUCUAUCAAUAUAAUGUCAACGUCAUCCAGUAUAUCUGAGGAUGUUAAACCAGGCACAGUUCUGACAAUGAUGAACGUUCAGGAUCCAGAUUCAGAUGAAAAUGGCAAAGUUCACUGCCUUUUAGAUGAAAAUAUUCAUUUUACAAUCACGUCAACCUCGAAUAAUUUCUUUACUUUAGUGACAGACAGUGAAUUAGACAGGGAGGUUGCCUCCCAAUUUAAUAUAACAGUGACAUGCUCUGAUGAGGGAGUGCCCUCCCUCUCCAGCAGCGUCACUCUCACCUUACAGAUCUCUGAUGUGAAUGAUAACGCGCCUGUCUUUGAGAGGAGCUCAUAUGAGGCCUACAUUGUAGAAAACAACACACCUGGCCUCUCUAUAUUCACAGUGAAAGCCAGAGACGCUGACUGGAACCAGAAUGCCCGUGUUUCUUACAUACUGGAGGACUCCUCUGUUAACGGAGUGCCAGUCUCCUCAUAUGUGUCCGUCAGUGCUGAUAGUGGAGUCAUCCAUGCAGUGCGCUCUUUUGACUACGAGCAGAUCAAAGACUUCCACUUCCGCGUCAAGGCGCAGGAUGGAGGCUCCCCUCCACUCAGUAGCAACGUGAGUGUGAAAAUACUGAUCCAGGACCAGAACGACAACCCUCCUCAGGUGCUGUACCCAGUGCAGACUGGUGGCUCUGUGGUGGCUGAAAUGGUGCCUCGUUCAGCAGAUGUGGGCUAUCUGGUGACUAAAGUGGUGGCUGUUGAUGUGGACUCUGGACAGAAUGCCUGGCUGUCCUAUAAACUGCAGAAAGCCACAGACAGGGCGCUGUUUGAAGUGGGCUUACAGAAUGGAGAAAUAAGAACUAUCCGCCAAGUGACUGAUAAAGAUGCUGUCAAACAAAGACUGAGUGUUAUAGUGGAGGACAACGGGCAGCCCUCUCGUUCAGCUACAGUCAUUGUUAACGUGGCGGUGGCGGACAGCUUCCCUGAAGUGCUGUCUGAGUUCACUGACUUUGCACACGACAAGGAGUACAAUGACAACCUGACUUUUUACUUAGUCUUGGCUUUGGCUGUAGUUUCCUUCCUCUUCAUCACGUGUUUGGUGGUUAUUAUAUCAGUGAAAAUCUACAGAUGGAGACAGUCUCGCAUCCUGUAUCACUCCAGUCUCCCUGUCAUUCCAUAUUAUCCACCACGUUACUCAGACACUUUGGGGACAGGGACUCUCCAACACGUGUACAAUUACGAGGUGUGCAGGACGACAGACUCCAGAAAGAGUGACUGUAAGUUCGGCAGAGCCGGUAGUCAGAACGUGCUGAUAAUGGACCCCAGUUCUACAGGGACGAUGCAGCGGAUACAGAGUGACAAGAGCAUCCUGGAUGAACCUGACUCUCCUCUAGAGGUUAGAAAUUAA